AUGUCUGUUGUAGGGUCGUUAAUUUUUUGCCUGGACUGCGGUGACCUUCUGGAAAAUCCUAAUGCCGUAUUAGGCUCCAACGUUGAAUGCAGUCAAUGUAAAGCCAUAUAUCCCAAGUCACAAUUCUCCAAUUUGAAGGUCGUCACCACGACGGCAGAUGAUGCGUUCCCAUCUUCUCUUAGAGCCAAGAGGUCUGUGGUUAAAACUUCUUUGAAGAAGAACGAACUGAAAGACGGCGCUACUAUCAAGGAAAAGUGUCCUCAAUGUGGAAAUGAGGAGAUGAACUACCAUACUUUACAGUUAAGAUCUGCAGAUGAAGGUGCUACUGUCUUCUAUACAUGUACCUCUUGUGGUUACAAGUUCCGUACCAAUAAUUGA